AUGCCUACCGUCAGACAAGCAUCGCUAUGCGUCCUUCUGACGCUGGGGAUGGUAUGGGCCAAAUCCACACCUCCGUACAAGAACCCUCAUCUUCCAGUUGAACAGCGCGUGGCGGAUCUGCUGGGAAGGAUGACAAUUGAAGAUAAGAUGGCUCAAUUGAUGCAAGGUGAUAUCACAAACUGGAUGAAUCAGACCACAGGCGCAUUCAAUUCGAGCGGUCUUGUAGCUAACAUGGAGGAGAAAGCGGGGUCAUUUUAUGUUGGAUACCCCAUCUCAUGGGAAAUGCUCACUUCCAAUAUCCAGAAAGGUCAAGACUACCUGAUUCACAAUACGACCCUUGGUAUCCCAGCGGUGGUUCAAUCCGAAGGUAUUCAUGGGUUCUUGAUAGGGAAUGCUACUAUCUUCAAUUCACCAAUUGGCUAUGGCUCSUCUUGGAAUAGAGAUUUGGUGCAAAAAAUGGGACAGAUUAUUGGCCAAGAAGCUCGUGCUUUGGGUGUGACGCAGCUCUUUGCGCCUCUUGCGGAUUUGGCUAGGGAACUACGUUACGGUCGAGUUGAAGAAACGAACUCCGAAGACCCGUAUCUUGCCGGAGAGAUCGCCUACAAUUACGUCAAGGGACUACAAAGUCAAAAUGUGUCUGCCACAGUCAAGCAUUACUUGGGAUUCAGCAAUCCCGAGCAAGGAUUGAAUACGGGUCCAGUGCAUGGUGGCCAGAGAGAGUUGAGAACAACUUACGACGGAGUUCCUGCAGUGGCCGAUUAUCAGACCCUCACGACUUUGCUUCGAGGCGAAUGGGGAUAUGACUAUUGGGUCACGAGCGAUGCCGGUGCAACUGACAGGCUAUGCUCAGCUUUUAGAUUGUGCCAGGACUCGCCAAUUGACUCCGAAGCUGUCACUUUGGCUGUGCUUCCAGCUGGCAAUGAUGUGGAAAUGGGUGGAGGUUCCUUCAACUUCAAGACAAUCCCUCAACUAGUCGCAUCCGGCAAACUCAAAACUUCUAUUGUGGACACAGCAGUCUCUCGACUUCUACGCGCCAAAUUCGAAAUGGGACUCUUCGAGACUCCAUACCCGGGUGCUCCAGCAGAUAAAUGGAGUGAUCUCAUCCAUACGCCUGAAAGUCUGCAAGUCGCGCGGGAUCUGGACCGGGAAUCUAUUGUGUUGCUUGAGAAUCACAAUAGCACCCUUCCUCUCAAGAAGAGUGGUAGUAUUGCGGUCAUUGGUCCAAUGGCUCACGGCUUUAUGAACUACGGAGAUUAUGUAGUCUAUCAAAGCCAAUACAGGGGCGUCACGCCUCUUGAUGGAAUCAAGGCUGCAGUUGGGGACCAAGCCACCAUCAACUACGCACAAGGCUGCGAGCGUUGGAGUAACGAUCAGUCCGGAUUCGAUGAAGCAAUCGAAGCAGCCAAGAAGUCGGAUGUUGCUGUCGUCAUAGUCGGAACCUGGUCUAGAGAUCAAGAGCAAUUGUGGGAGGGACUCAACGCAACAACCGGCGAACACGUCGACCUCAACGACCUCAGCCUCGUUGGCGCCCAAGCCCCCCUCGUCAAAGCAAUCGCAGACACCGGCGUCCCCACAGUCGUCGUCUUCUCGUCCGGCAAACCAGUCACCGAAACGUGGAUCUCAAACUCUACAUCAGCUCUCGUCCAGCAAUUCUAUCCGUCCGAGCAAGGCGGAUAUGCACUCGCCGACGUCCUCUUUGGUGACUACAACCCCUCUGGAAAGCUUUCUGUCAGUUUCCCGCGCUCCGUGGGUGCGUUACCUAUAUACUACGAUUAUUUGAACUCCGGUCGAUCAAUCGGUGACUCCGGUUUCAUCACGGAGAAUGAUACUAUUGUCUUUGGACAUCAGUAUGUUAUUGGAUCACCUCUGCCAUGGUACGAGUUUGGGUAUGGUAAGAGUUAUUCGACCUUCAACUACGGGACUGUGAAUCUUGACAAGACCAACGUUACUGCUACGGAUACGGUGACAGUGAGCGUAGAUGUUACAAAUGAGGACACCUCUCGAAAUGCCACAGAGGUUAUCCAGGUGUAUGUGGUAGAUGAGUACGCAUCUGUCGUUGUCCCCAAUAGGCAACUCAAGGGCUUCGAUAAAGUUGUUUUUGGGGCUGGUGAAAAGAAGACCGUACAGAUUUCGCUUGAUGUGAGUGACUUGGGACUUUGGAAUGUCAAUAUGCAAUAUGUGGUUGAGCCUGGUGCGUUCAAUGUUCUUGUUGGAAGCAGUUCUCUGGAUAUCAGGGGUAAUGCGACCUUCUAUGUAUCAUGA